UUUUAACUGUGUUCAUAGUGUAUUGUCCCAGGAUAAUAUCCUAAUCAAGUAAAAUAAAUGUUUAUUCUUAGUAUUAAAGAUAUUUUUAAGUAUUAAGUAUACUAUAGUUAAGUAAUAGUUCGGGUGAGGUCCCCCGGGAUUGGAUUAUCCGGGCUAAUUAUUGCUUGAUUUUGGAGUUCUUGGUAGCUAUACAAGAAUUCAUUGGCUUGAACUAUAUACUCAGUGGUCGCCCAAUUAUAUACUAUCCGGAACAACGUGUAAAAUUUUGAAAAACAAAUUCUUUGAAAAUUUGUAAAAUUUUGAUCAGAACCCAAAAGUGGCAUUUAGGUCCCGAAAAAAAUACAAUUUUUUCAACUAUUGUGAAAAUUAAAUUCAAUAAUUUUAAAUCAUUUCUAUUAUCAUUUUAGACAUAAAUUACUUAAAUUUAAGAAAAAAAGUUUGUUAUUGAUUAUGAAAUGCUCGAUUACAUACGCCUAUGGGACCUACUUUACUAGUACUAUAACUAUAAUAAUAUUCGUUAACUGCACUCUACACACUAUUAUCUACUGUUAUCUACCUGUAAAUGAGAAAUUAUCAGGAAAUCGGAAUCAUGAGAAAAGAGGUACUAGGAUCCAAUGAAGAUAAAAAUAUUCCAAUAAACUAUUAUAAACAUGUAAAAUUAUUCCAGGGACUAUUAUUCUAAAGCUACGUGUAACCUCAAUAACUGACUGAUAUUUACACAAUUUUGAGACUGAUACCAAUGAUGAAGUUGACCAAUGAGUAACAGCUCUAGCAUAACAAUAAC